AUGAAAGAUCAGCUAAACCUAUCAAGUUUACUGGUAAUUACUGGCCUUUUCGUUUUAGAGCCUUUACGCACUGUCGACUGGUUGCCAGCAACUCAGUUUCUCGGCGACCGGCCACCAAGCAGAGCAACAGUAUUCCAUGUACAUUCGGGCAGUCUCAUGUGCGACGCCACUGCGCAGCAAGUUGCCGAGUCGCCCGGGCAACCGGCAACUAAGUGCGUAAACACCUAUUUAAACUAUACAAAGUCACUGUCGCUGUCGACGGAGUCGCCGGCGACGACUGGUCGAUACAAUGCGCAAAGAGCCUUAACGGUAGUAGAGCCGUGCGGCAGCUUACUUCUUUACUGCGCGGUUAACCUAAAAUAUUGA